AAUGAGUGACUGCAUGUGUGUAUACAAGGACAAUCCUCAUUACUCAAUCGCCUCACCUUCAUUCGUCCAUCCCACCCAUUCACUCCAAAGCUUGCACCCUGAACUCGUCACCCAUUUGCGGGGAAGCAUGCAAACUCAUCCCGCCACCAAGAGAGCAAAGCCGCACACGGUGAAUCGUUCCCUUGUCAUACAAGCGCCAACAAGGCCGACGCCGAUUCUCUGCGAUCCGGCCCAUGACGCGCAGCUCCCGUCACCAUUUGCUGGCCUGUGUUUCCCCAGCAAAUGAAAAAGUACACGCCGUCGACAUCCAUGGCAAGGAUUCAAGGGAAGGGGGGGCGUGUAAGCUUCACGCCCCUCUGAGCCUCCCUUGCCAGCCAUGCUUCCUUUAUACUGUACAACUAAGACACGUAGCUUCGUGUGAAUACAAGAAAAAAAGGUUUAUGCACUUUGCUUCCCCCC